AUGCCUUUCCCUAAGCCUUUCCUAAUUGCUGCGACUGGAGCUUUCGUCUCCCUCCAGCUCCUCUUCCUCGCCAACAUGUCUUAUUUAUAUGGAACUGCAUAUCACGAGUCACUCCGGAUCAGCAAAAUGGAAAUCCUUUUUGUGGAUUUUGACCAAGACGUGAUUGGCAAUUCCGUCACUGCCGCUUACCAGGGGUUAGAAGGAGCGGGAUUCCCAACUCUUCGCCAACACCCAGCGGCCGAGUACCCUACCAUAACGAGUGUGCGCCAGGCCGUGUGCAGGGGACCCUAUUGGGGAGCCAUUACUGCAAACUCGGAUGCAUCUUCCAGAUUGUCUGCCGCUCUUACUUCCAGUGAUGCCGCAGAAUCUUACAAUAAUGCUGAGGCAUUGACAUAUGUUUGGAACGAAGCAAAGUAUUCCGCCUAUGCCCAGACGGUAUACUCCAGUCUUGAGAUGCUAGUACAGGCCACGAGGAUGGCCUACAACAAUAUCAACGGCACGAAGAUGAUGUCUGCCAUUGACACAACCGACGAGUCUAUUAGCCAAAUCUUGCUCGACCCGAUCUCUGCGACCGAAAUCAACAUUAUGCCCACGACCCAGGGACCUCGCUUUUACUACAACACUGUCUCCAUGGUCAUGCCAAUCCUUCAGCAAUUCUUCUUUAUUAUGGCGUUGAACGGUCUUUCACAGCAGUUCAACAUCUUCCAAAAGCUUUCUCUCCGAGCAAACGUCGGCUUUCGGCUGUCUGUGUCGCUUUGCUACACACUCGUCGCGUCCCUCUGCAUGAGCGGAUAUAUCUGGGCUUUCCGGGAAAAUUGGGAAGUAAGUUCCAAUCAAUUUGGGCUGACAUGGAUGGCCAUCUGGUUGGCUAUGCACGCAUACUUUUUGAUGAUUGACGCCGCACUGGUCGUCAUUCCUGUUCAAUUCGCGUCCUUUUUCAUCUUGACUUGGAUUAUUCUCAAUGUCUCCAGCACCAUCAGCCCGUUCGAUCUAUCUCCUGGCUUUUACCGUUUGGGCUACGCACUCCCCGCUUACGAGCUGUAUCAAGUGCUAGUCGAUAUUUGGACAGAUGGCUGCAACCCUUACCUUUAUCGCUCGCUACCUAUCCUUUUCUCUUGGUGGGUUGUUGGUUUGGCCCUGUUUCUGGGAGGCAUGGCGAGGAGAGUCAAGGUUUCACGAUUCGGUCCUAGUGCCUCGGACAGCAGGGUCGGUACUCCAGAUGAAGCAGCCGAAAAGAUUCAUUGA